AUGGCUUACCAAUUCCUUUGGAAGCCUGAGACUUGUCUUAGUUUUGCUUCACGAUACUAUUCUUACUUACAAGUGGGAGGCAACCUCAGAGAGCAUGAUUAUUACCUGAAAUCCAUAGUGCGGCCUAUAAGGAUUGCCUUAAAGCUUAUCACCCGAACUGCGUGGAAAAAGAUGAUAAUUUCUUGGAAAGUGACGUCCCCUGGAGCUGCAAAGACUGCAAAGUUCAAUUGCUUCUGUUGUCCAAAUGCUGUUUGUGGAGGCUGCCUAUGUGAUGCUAAUUUAGCAAUAGUUAAAGUGAAAAGAGGAUUUUGCGGUAACUGCUUAAGGCUUGCGGGACUUGUGGAAGGAAUAACCACUGUAGACUUCAAUGAGGAGAAGGUAAACUUGAGCCUUCAAGAUUCAUAUGAGUUCCUGUUCAAGCAUUAUUGGGACUAUAUUAAAGAGAAAGAAGGCAUGACUUCAGCACAUGUCAAUUAUGCGCGUUUUCUUUUGAAUCACAACAGGAAUUAUGAUUCCAAUUUAAGUGAUACUUGUGUUGAAGGAGGAGAAGGAGAAGGACUUAGUGAUUUUGAAGAUCAACUUAUCAUGAGUGAUGGUUUGGAUGGUGCGAAAGAACAUAAACCAAGUCAGAGUAGGAAGAGAAUCAAAGGAAAGCCAAAGGAAAAGUCAAAGACUAAGGAGUUCCUUGGGUGGGGAUCAAAACGCCUAUUUGAGUUCGUCACAUCCAUUGGUCAGGAAACAAAUAAAAAAUUGUCACAACAUGGUGUUACCACUAUUAUUUCUAAGUAUUGCAGAGAUAACAACCUUCUUGACCCACUGAAGAAAAAGAAAAUUAUUUGUGAUGAGAAACUACACACUCUUCUUGGAAGGAAGUUUGUCAAUAAGAAUAGCAUAUAUAAGCUAUUGACAAACCAUUUUGCUGAGAAUUUUGAAGAGUCGGAGAAUGAGUUUAGAAACUCUGAAUACAGCUCAGACGAAGAGGGCCGGAAUGUGUUGUCACCUUGUAAAAGGAAGAAAAGUCCAAGCUUGGACAGAAACUCUGAGAAUAAGGAAGCAGUUUUAGAUAUCCGGCAAAGCUGUUUUGCAUCUGUCAUACCUAGGAAUAUCAAACUUGUCUACCUGCAGAGGAGUGCACUCGAGGAGCUGUCAAAGCAGCCAGAGACCUUUGAUGCUAAUGUAAUGGGUAGUUUUGUGAGAGUUAAAGCUGAUCCCAAUGAUUGGAUGCAGAGAAACUCUCAUCAGCUCGUGCAAGUGAUAGGCAUAAACAAAAAUUCAAUAAAUGGAGAAAUGAAUUCAGAUAUUUUCCUGCAACUUUCAAAUAGAGUCUCAGACGUGCCAAUUUCCGAAGUAUCGGAAGAUGACUUCUCUGAGGAAGAAUGUCAGGAUUUGCAUCAGAGAGUGAAAGAUGGCCUGCUUAGAAGGCCUACUGUUGUGGAGUUUGAGGAGAAGGCCAGAACUCUCCACGAGGUCCUUGAGAAUCUUACAAUUAUAUUGGGAGACGUAGAAUCAAUUGGUUGCGGUUCGGGUUCGGGUUGGACACUUGGAGAUAGGGUAGAAGCACUUUCGGGUGGAUAA